UAUGGUCUCUGCAGGACUGAAGGGCGGCUACUCUAUAAUAUUACAUACUCAAGCCCAGAUGAAUUUCAAGGAGACAGUCAAGCAAUAUAAAGCUUACAUAGCCGCAAGCUAUUGAGUGUCUUUGUGUGUGUGUGUGCGCGCGCGUGUGCCCGCCCUUAUCGGUGAGACAGAAGAGGAAGAGGGAGGGAAGGAGAUGGAAAAGAAAGCACAGAGUGGUCAACUGUUGGUCUUAGUUCCAUGUCCAUACCAAGGCACAAUAAACCCUAUGCUUAAGCUGGGUACCUUCCUUCACUCAAAGGGCUUUUCCAUUUCAAUUGUUCACACCCAUUUCAACUCUCCAAACCCUUCAAACCACCCCGAAUUCACCUUCUUUCCAAUACCAGAUGGCUUAACUGCUGAUCAGAUUUCAUCUGGGAAUGUAUUAGCUAUUGUGUUUGCUAUUAAUGCCAAUUGCAAAGCGAGUUUCAAACAAUGCUUGACUGAUAGAGUGAUGGAACAAGAAUCGCAGAACAAAAUCACCUGCAUCAUCUAUGAUGAAUUUAUGUACUUCUCUGAAUCUGUGGCUAAUGAUCUAAACAUUCCAAGAAUACUCUUACGCACGCAAAGUGCUACCAAUUUUAUUGCUCGCAAUGCUUUGAUACGACUUCAUUUGAAAGGUUGCACUCCCUUCCCAGACUCUACGUUACUGAACUCGGUGCCCGAGCUUCAUCCCCUCAGGUUCAAGGAUCUCCCCAUCUAUAUUUUCGACACAGUUGAAAACUAUUCGAAACUAUUGACUAAUGCCAACAAUGUUAGGACAUCCUCAGCCAUCAUUUGGAACACCCUGGACUGCCUUGAACAAUCAUCACUAGCACAGAUCCAGCAACAAUGUCAAGUUCCAAUCUUCUCCAUAGGUCCUCUUCACAAAGUUUCAACAGCAGCCAACAGUAGUUUACUAGAAGAAGACACCAGCUGUGUUGCGUGGCUGGACAAACAAUCCCAUAACUCAGUUAUCUAUGUAAGCUUGGGGAGUCUAGCAUCCAUCAGUGAGAAAGAACUAGCCGAAAUGGCUUGGGGAUUAACUAAGAGCAGGCAACCUUUUUUGUGGGUGAUUAGGCCCGGAUCAAUUUGCGGUUCUCAUUGGAUCGAGCUACUGCCUCAAGGUUUCCUAGAAGCUGUUGGAGAAAGAAGUUGCAUCGUGAAAUGGGCACCCCAGAUGGAAGUCUUGGCUCAUGGCGCAGUGGGCGGGUUCUGGAGCCAUUGUGGUUGGAACUCAACCCUGGAAAGUAUAUCUGAAGGGGUUCCGAUGUUAUGCAGGCCGUGCUUUACCGAUCAGAAGGUGAAUGCAAGGUAUGUGAGCGAAGUAUGGAAAAUAGGGAUACAAUUGGAGAAUGAAUUAGAGAGGGGAGUGAUAGAGAGAACUGUUAAAAAACUUAUGGUGGACGAGGAUGGGAAGGGAAUGAGGGUGAGGGCCAAGGAGUUGAAGGAGAAAAUAGAAGUUAGUAUGAAGGGUGGCUCUACCUACCAUUCCUUGAAUGAGCUUGUGGAGUUUAUAAGGUCAUUUUAAUUGGAACGAGAAGUGUUUUGUUCUCUUUUCUCAACUAAAUGCUUUCUGGAAGAAAUUAACAUAAUCAUUCCCUUCCCCUAAGCCAUCCUUACAGUAUUUGGUGGGAGAUGUUGAAUGCUAGGCCUCUUUGCAUUCUGAUAAAUAAGUAAUGUACAUCGUGUAAGAGUCAAAAUAUUGUUUCCACUUUCAAAAACAUGUCCCUUGUGAAAUAAAUAAGAUCAUCUGUAACCUGUUUAUCUGUUCA